AUGCGACUUCUACAACGCAGCGAGAUGGGCGAAUUCAGGGUCACUAAGGACUUGGUUGGCGACGAUCUAAUCCCUCCUUAUGCCAUACUUUCGCACACAUGGGAUCCGGAUAACCGGAAGGAGGUUACCUUCGAGGACAUGAUAAAUGGCACCGGCGAGGAAAAGCGUGGAUAUGAGAAGAUCCGGUUCUGUGGAGAACAAGCUAGACAAGAUGGUCUACAAUACUUUUGGAUUGAUACCUGCUGUAUUAACAAGAAAAGCUACGGCGAACUCUCGCGCGCCAUCAACUCCAUGUUUCGGUGGUAUCGGAACGCGACUCGAUGCUACGUGUACCUGUCCGAUGUUUCGACUAAGAAGAGGAAAAGGAGUGAGGGCGCAAGAGACACUUGGGAAUCGGAUUUCCGGAAAAGCAGAUGGUUUACUCGGGGUUGGACGCUCCAAGAGCUCCUUGCCCCAGCUUCAGUCGAAUUCUUCUCCCAGGAACGCAAGCGACUUAGUGACAAGAAUUCUCUAAAGCAACAACUUUACGAGAUAACAGGUAUUCCUGAGUCAGCGCUUCAAGGAGACCUUUUAUUUCAGUUCAGCGUUAAUGAGCGAUUUUCGUGGAUAAACUCUCGCCAGACCAAGCUCGAAGAAGACGAAUCGUACUCAUUAUUGGGAAUUUUCGGCGUCUAUAUACCCCCUCGUUAUGGCGAAGGGAGGCCGAGUGCGUUUAAACGGCUCCAAGAGGAGAUCGAUAAGCUGGAGAAAUGCAUCCGAGACGUACGCCUCACCGAUCCCCGGGAUGACAAGAAGCGUAUAGAAGAUACCAAGGGCGGCUUACUAGAGGACUCGUACCACUGGAUCCUCGAAAAUUCCGAAUUCCAACAAUGGCGCAACAACCAAAACAGUCGGCUACUAUGGAUUAAGGGCGAUCCCGGCAAGGGCAAGACGAUGCUACUCUGCGGCAUUAUCAACGAGCUGAAGAAGUCCAUGGCUAAUCCGGAUCUUCUAUCGUACUUCUUCUGCCAGGCUACUGACUCCCGAAUCAACAACGCCACGGCCGUGCUACGAGGUUUGAUAUUUUUGCUUAUCGACCAGCAGCCAUCCCUUAUCUCGCAUGUACGGAUAAGGUACGAUCACGCUGGAAAAUCGCUCUUCGAGGAUGCGAAUGCGUGGGUUGCUUUGUCCGAGAUCUUCACCAACAUCCUGCAAGACCCAAGCUUGAAUAUCACGUACUUAAUUGUCGAUGCCCUCGACGAAUGCGUGGCAGACUUACCGAAAUUGUUAGACUUCAUCGUCCAGAUGUCGUCUGUAUCCCGUCGUACCAGGUGGAUCUUCUCUAGUCGAAACUGGCCGAGUAUCGAGAAGAAUCUCGACAAUGCAACGCAGAUGGUGAGACUAUGUCUCGAGCUUAAUGAAGAAUCUGUCUCCGCUGCUGUCGCAACAUAUAUCCAGUUCAGGGUGGAUAGGCUAGCGAAGCGAAACAGAUACGGCAGUGGUACACGGGACGCUGUCCAGCGCCACUUAUCGCUAAACGCAAAGGACACUUUUCUUUGGGUGGCCUUAGUCUGCCAAGAACUAUCCCAUAUUUCGGGAUGGAAGGCUCAGCAGAAGUUGGCGUCGUUCCCGCCCGGACUCGAUGCCCUCUACAGGCGGAUGAUUGAUCAGAUCCGGGAUUCGGAGGAUGCUGGGCUUUGCAAACGGAUACUGGCUGUUGUUUCCGCUGUGUACCGGCCCGUCACGUUAGACGAGUUGGCGUCUCUCGUUGACUUGCCUGAUGGGGUCGCCGACGGAUACGAUGAUCUAUCGGAGAUCAUUGGCCUUUGUGGAUCUUUCCUGUCGCUCCGAGAAAGCACCAUCUCCCUCGUUCAUCAGUCAGCGAAGGACUUUUUGGUUGAAAAGGCAUACAAUGAGAUCUAUCCUUCUGGGAUAGAAUGUGUGCAUUUUACCAUCUUCUCGCGAUCGCUACAUGUCAUGUCCGAGAAACUAAGACGCGAUAUCUACGGCCUAGGUGCACCGGGAUUUCCCGUUAACCAAGUCAAGCAACCCGAUUCAGACCCACUCUCCCCAGCACGAUACUCGUGUGUCUAUUGGAUUAAUCACCUAGCCGACUGUAAUCCCGCCAGGAAUGCGACUAGCGAUUUCCAAGAUGGUGGAUCUAUUGACAAAUUUUUACGUCGGAGCUACCUUUACUGGCUCGAGGCUCUAAGCAUUUGCAGAAGCAUGUCAGAAGGGGUUGUAUCAAUGGCGAAACUCGAGGCUCUCUUCCAAGCAACAGCAGACGAAUCUGGAUGUUUUAAACUAGUUCAAGACGCGCGACGAUUUAUCAUGUAUUACAAGCAGGGAAUAGAGAACAGUCCUCUUCAAGCAUAUGCAUCUACUCUCUUGUUUAGUCCAGGCCGCAGCCUCAUAAAGGAUCUUUUCAGGCACGAAGAGCCGAAAUGGAUCACGAUACAGCCGGCUAUAAGAGAUGCAUGGGGCCCCUGCCUGCAGACGCUGGAGGGGCAUAGCAGUGUGGUAUUGUCGGUGGCCUUCUCACAUGACUCGACCCAACUCGCCUCCGCGUCGGGCGAUAGCACGGUCAAGAUCUGGGAGGCGCGCAGCGGCGCCACGGUCAAGAUCUGGGAGGCGAGUAGUGGCGCGUGCCUGCAGACGCUGGAGGGGCACAGUAAUAGGGUCCUGUCGGUGGCCUUCUCACAUGACUCGACCUGGCUCGCCUCCGCGGCGGACGAUUACACGGUCAAGAUCUGGGAGGCGGACAGCGGCGUCUGCCUACAGACGCUCCAAGUUAGGAAGGCACUCUGUGACAUAUCAUUUGAUGCUACUGGUUUGCAUCUUCAUACUGAAAUCGGUACCAUCGCUCUUGAUACGUCAUUGGCUUCAUUUAACUCCUCAAUUAUAACGAAGUCCCAAGGUCCACGAUAUCAAGGAUGGGGAUUAAGCUCAGAUGGAGCGUGGAUAACAUAUAAUUCCGAGAACCUCGUGUGGUUACCCUCGGAAUAUCGGCCGUCAUGUUCGGCCGUGUCCGUAAAGACUGUAGGUAUCGGCGUUGGAUCUGGAAGGGUGUGGAUGUGCAGUUUCUAG